AUGAACUGGCUUGUGGUCCUCCUUUCCCUACAGUUUUUAGCAUUCUCCAGAAGCGAACCAAGUUUUGAGAUUGAUUAUGAGAAUAAUCAAUUCUUAAAAGAUGGCAAGCCGUUCAGAUAUGUAUCUGGUUCGGUACAUUACUUCCGAACUCAUCCGGACCAAUGGGAGGACCGCUUGAAAAUGGUUCGUGCAGCUGGUUUGAAUGCUAUUCAAACAUAUAUACCGUGGAACUUCCAUGAACCGCAUAAACGGAGAUACAUGUUUGAUGGAGCCGGAGAUUUCCAAAAGUUCUUCGAGAUAGCCCAAGCUAAUCAACUGUUUGUCUUGGUGCGACCAGGCCCAUACAUAUGUGCAGAAUGGGAAAACGGCGGCCUGCCCUACUGGCUUCUAAACUAUCCCAACAUGACUAUGAGAACAUCUAACCCAGAUUAUAUGAGAGAAGCACUUGCAUGGUGGGAUGUUCUGCUACCGAUGAUCAAGCCGUAUUUGUAUAACAAUGGAGGACCAGUCAUAAUGACCCAGUUAGAGAAUGAGUAUGGAAGUUACAGCUGCGACAAAGAUUAUAGAAUCGCUCUUAGAGAUAAAGCUGUAGAAAUACUUGGUGAAAAAGCUGUUCUAUACACAACCGACGGGCCAAGCUUGGUAAAAUGCGGAAUGAUUGAAAACGUAUUCACAACUGUUGACUUUGGAAGUGUAGAGGAAUUGGAAGGAGAUAAAUAUUUUGCUGUGCAAAGAGAAGCUAAUAAAGGUGGGCCUUUAGUAAACUCGGAAUACUACCCGGGUUGGUUUGUACUAUGGGGUGACAAAGUCACAGACGUAAACGUAGGUACUACUGCAGCAGAUGUUGCCAGAAUGACGAACUUCUUCUAUUCGAGAAACGCAUCAUUCAAUUUUUACAUGUUCCAUGGUGGAACUAACUUUGGUUUUUGGAAUGGCGCAGAGAACUCAGGACCUUUGAUCACUUCAUAUGAUUACUGGGCACCUAUGGCUGAAAAUGGGAAGCCCAAUGAGAAAUUCACGACAGUGCAGAGCGUUAUCAAAUCCUGGCCAGAUUGGGAUAAUAAACCUACUGAUCCGCCAACUCUCAAGCCAGCUUUUUACAAACCUAACAUACCCUUAACUAAAUUCGGUAACAUCUUCGACUAUUCUGAAAAAAUUAUCAACAAAACGAGAUGUCUCUCAGAAGCAACAACAUUUGAAAAGUUGGAACAACUUUCUGGAUAUGUUAAAUACUCACUCAAAUCUCAAAAGUCCUAUAAGACUCUCAAUGGCACGAAUAUCAAAGAUUUUGGAUUCGUGUACGUUGGACGAGACUUCAAGGGACGGAUAUCACCAUAUUUGGAGGCUCAACGUGUGAAUUCUGUUCAAAUCAAUUCUCAAAUAGGAGAUGAAAUCACUAUUCUAGUAGAGAACCAAGGACGGCUUACUUAUAAAACCGCGAACGAUUACAAGGGCAUUAUCGGAGACCUGAUUUUGGACAACACUGUAUAUCCUGGUGAUGAAAUCACAUCGUGUCCUAUAGACAUUGAAAAACUGCCAACUAAUAUUAAAAAAACAGCUAAUAUAACAAGUAGUUUUGUUCCUGGUGACAUAUACUAUGGAGAGUUCGAAAUAUCGGAAAUUGGAGAUACUAAUAUAGACUUCACUAAAUGGGGGAAAGGCGUUGUUUUUAUAAACAACAUCAACGUUGGUCGUUAUUGGAGCUCGUUAGGUCCACAGUACUCACUGUAUGUACCAGCACCAAUUCUCAAGAAUAGAAAUCAGAUCGUCAUAGUCGAAUUCGAGAAAAUCCCGAAUAAUCCAGUUUGUUUCAACUCAUCACUCUCUUGUUACAUUGAUUUGCUUGAUACUGCUAUUCCCUACUGA